GUACAAGUCACGUUGCAAGCGGCGUGGAUAAUUUCUUAUUCUGACAGUUUAUUUGUAAUCUAAAUACCACGCUUAAGUUGAACUCUUCUGUGUUUAUAAAAAAAGGCGUAGUUUUUAAAAAUAAUUAUAAUAAAGUGUUAAUUAAGUUCAUUGUAUUUUUUAAAUUUGAAAUUAGAUUAACAAAAAACCUUUUUUUAUAAUUCCUUGACUACAUAAGCGCAAUUCAGACUUUAGAGUCGGACCCUUGUAGUUAAUCUUUCUAUGAAGACUAUAGAGUAUAGAUUAAAAAAAUGUUAAUGUGACUCCUUAGCAGUAUAUUGGAAAGUAAAAAUACUGUGCUAUAGUAUAAAGUGAACUUUCACAUCAUGUUAAUAUUGGUGACUUUUGUAAGACGUGAAGUUUACAAUACGGUUCAAUAUAAUGAUGACAGUGAAAAAAAUUUGUUUAAUGCUUAAAAAUUUUAAUAUUAUACAUUGUGGAGUAAUCAAUCAGUAGGAAUGAAACAUUGGAAGAGCUUCAUAGAGAGUAUAAUUGUAGGCUGUGAUGACGGUAACGUAAUUAUGUCGGUUGCCGAGACGCUGCCGCUUCGAGCGCGCUCGCCCACCGCACAGAAGAGCUCGCAACCUGCUGGUGUUCCUAAGGAGAAGCACACCGUCCACUGGUUCAGGAAGGGUCUCAGAUUACAUGAUAACCCGGCCCUGAGAGAGGGGCUCGUUGAUGCGACAACUUUCAGAUGCGUCUUCAUUAUAGACCCAUGGUUCGCCAGCUCGUCUAACGUCGGCAUUAAUAAAUGGAGAUUUCUAUUACAAUGUCUUGAGGACCUAGACAAAAACUUGAGGAAAUUAAAUUCCCGUUUAUUCGUGGUGAGAGGUCAGCCGGCAGACGCUCUGCCGAAGUUGUUUCGUGAGUGGGGAACCACUGCGCUGACCUUCGAAGAAGACCCUGAGCCCUACGGCCGGGUCCGGGACCAUAAUAUUAUGACCAAAUGCCGCGAAGUCGGUAUUCAAGUAACUUCAAGAGUAUCACACACCUUGUACAAAUUAGAUGAUAUAAUUGAGAAGAAUGGUGGUAAGGCGCCGCUGACCUAUCAUCAGUUCCAAGCGCUGAUAGCGAGCAUGCCCCCGCCUCCGUCCGCCGAACCCACCAUCAGCUUGGAGACACUCAACCGCGCCGUUACACCUAUCUCGGAUAAUCACGACGAACGAUUUGGAGUGCCGACACUCGAAGAACUUGGCUUCGAUACGGAAGGUCUUAAACCUCCAAUAUGGAUCGGCGGAGAAAACGAAGCUCUGUUGAGACUGGAGCGACAUUUGGAGAGAAAGGCUUGGGUCGCUUCGUUCGGAAGACCGAAGAUGACGCCAGAAUCACUCUUGUCGAGUCAAACGGGCUUGUCACCUUAUCUCAGAUUUGGUUGUCUAUCAACGAGACUUUUUUAUUAUCAAUUGAGCGAGCUCUAUAAAAGGAUAAAACAGGAACGCCCGCCGCUGUCACUCCACGGUCAGAUACUUUGGAGGGAAUUUUUCUAUUGCGCUGCAACCAGAAAUCCAAAUUUCGACAGAAUGGAGGGUAAUCCGAUAUGUGUCCAAAUACCGUGGGAAAAAAAUCAGGAGGCUCUCAAGAAAUGGGCUAACGGUCAGACUGGGUUCCCGUGGAUAGACGCUAUAAUGAUCCAACUUCGCAAUGACGGUUGGAUCCAUCACCUGGCGAGGCACGCGGUCGCCUGUUUCCUCACGAGGGGGGACCUCUGGAUCUCGUGGGAAGAAGGCAUGAAGGUGUUCGACGAGCUGCUGCUGGACGCCGACUGGUCUGUAAACGCUGGCAUGUGGAUGUGGCUCUCAUGCUCGUCUUUCUUCCAGCAGUUCUUCCAUUGCUACUGUCCAGUGCGGUUCGGACGAAAAACUGACCCUAACGGAGAUUUUAUUAGGAAGUACAUCCCAGUCCUUAAAAACAUGCCCACGCGAUACAUUCACGAGCCAUGGGUAUGUCCGGAGGAGAUUCAAAAAUCUAUUCGCUGCAUAAUAGGAAAGGAUUACCCAAUGCCUAUUGUUGACCACACUAAGGCAUCGGAGAUUAACCUUGAGCGCAUCAAGCAGGUGUACGCACAACUAGCGAAGUUUAAACCUCAAGGUGCACUAAUUCCGCAAAUGUUGCAAAGACCAAAUGUGUUGCAGUCAUCGCCCAGCCCAACGUCUAUAAUUGCAAAUAUAAAUCAGUCUAACUACCUGUGUAGUCAGAGUAGUGAUGUGCCCACGCCGACUAAUCAAACGACAAAUCAAUUCAAAGAAGAUGCUGUAUUCCUUAAGCCCACAGUGAAUAACAUAAAAUCAAAUGUGGAUAAACAGCAACAGUUCAAGCAAGUUGUUAUUGUGCAGGAGGAUAAACAUUCAGAAAAUCAGCGACAUACGGUUGGUAACAAGUACAUUGUAAAUGAAAUAAACAAAAAUAUGAAUGAUAUACCGGUCAAACAAAACAAUUAUGACUUCAAAGCUCUGACAUUAAAUUUGAAUAAAUUUUCAAAUGAGCCCUUAACAUUUUUGAAUCAGACGCCAAAUAAAAAUGAGAGUUUUGGGCAAGAUGUUAAUAAUGUGAUAGAUGUGUAUAGUACCAGCAAACCAAAGUUUUACUUCACCGACAAUGGAGUUAUAACUCAUAAUGAAAAUGCACAAACUUUUAAAAGGGAUAGUUAUUCAGAUAAUUAUAAUAAAGAGAGUACCGGGUCUAACAGAGUUGGCGAGGUACACAGUAAUAACCCACAAACAGAUAAGAUCUCAUCGGAAAAGAAAAAUUAAUUUAAUUAAUUUAAAUGUGAUAUGUGUUUUAGCAAGUAAAUGAAAAUCUUUAUUCAACUUUAUUAUUUUAUUAUAUAAUUUGUAAAUAUUGUGAAUUAGCGUACAUUCUUUUGAUGUUAGAAAUAUCUUGAUUCCAUUAGUCAUUUCUCCAACAUUGCAACCGUUUUCAUAUGCUGUUGAAGAGCCUUUGUUGCUUUCCUUGACUUUUUUGGUUUUGGGUUAGUAUGUUUCAUAUUUUCCUUAUGGACUUCAUUUUUAAUAUUGUCUAUGAUAGAUAUCUAACAAAGAAAAUAGCUUUUUAAAAGACAUUUCCAUAAAAUGGUAUCUAUAAUAGCCAAGAAACAGAUCUAUAUCUACAAUAUAUAAAUAAUAUUGCAGAUAAUUUUGGUCUGUUUAACUUUAACAGCAAAGUUGGUAUCGAAUAUUGUGACAUAUUGUACUUACAUCUUCCGGUAUGUGAACAUAUCUAAUAUUUCUACUUUGAAUGAAAAAGUUCUCAAAUAGGAAUUCAUUCUGUCGCGUAUCACAAUAAACAGCUUUGCUAAGUGAAAGGUUCAUGAAGCUGUAAUUAAAUUCAGUAGGAUAAUUUCCAUAAAUAUAUUAAAGGAACUUACAUAAUAUUACAUUAAUAUAAUGUCUAUACAACUUUCUCAAACUACAUGAUCUAACCGUUUUAGACAAUCUGGCUGUUGUCGUAAUAUUUAACGUAACUUAGUAAACUCAAUAGGAGCAUCUAUAAACAUAUUAAAACAACUUAUUAUAUAUAAUAUGUAUCAUGUUUACUAAAAUACUUUAGAUUUUCUCUUUCCAUUAAUAAAUAUGAAUAACCUUGAAUGAAUGUAAUACAAGUAGUGAUGAUGUAAAUUAUAAUUAAGUGCUUUUGUGCCGAUAUUAAUGGUAUCAAAUAAAAUGUUAUUAAAUGGAAUGUUUCAGGUAAAUUUAAAACUUUCCUCAUGGAAAUAUAUUGUAUGAAUGUUUGAUUAUUAAAUUUAACUACAAGUA